AUGGUGAAAGCAGCUACGCCGGAAUUUAGAAAGUACUUAGACAAGAAAGUUCUUGUCCAGCUUAACGGCUCUCGAAAAAUCAAAGGUGUGGUAAGAGGUUACGACCUCUUUCUUAACGUUGUCAUCGAUGAAGCGGUCGAAGAAAAACAAAAUGGUGAAGUUGUUAAAGUUGGUAUUGCUGUAAUCAGAGGAAAUUCAAUUACGUCGAUAGAGGCUCUUGAACGACUAUCUUAA